GUAGCGGCAGCGGCAGCGGCAGCAGCUUCACCCUCCUCUGUAGCGUCUUCAUCCCGCAGACAUGGACCCGGAGGCGGCGACGUGCGCGGCGCCCUCGCUCCCCGUCUCCGCCUUUGCGCUCUAGCUCCGCGCUCCCCUCCAACGGUGGGAACCGUUAGAACCGCGCCGUCGCACGCUGCGCGCGCGCACGCGCGCGCGAGAGAGAGAGGCAGAGAGCGUGCGGCGCAGAGGAGCCACGCAGCCGUGACGGCACCAGGCCCCGGUCGGGACAGCGGGCGAGCGAGAGCGGCUCUUCGCGCCCUCCGCCAUGGCGAGCGACUCCCCGGCGCGGAGUCUGGACGAAAUCGACCUGACCGCUCUGAGGGACCCUGCUGGCAUCUUUGAACUGGUGGAGCUGGUGGGAAAUGGCACCUACGGGCAGGUGUACAAGGGUCGCCAUGUUAAGACUGGGCAGCUGGCAGCCAUCAAGGUCAUGGAUGUCACCGGGGAUGAGGAGGAGGAGAUUAAAGCCGAAAUCAACAUGCUGAAGAAGUACAGUCACCACCGCAACAUCGCCACCUACUACGGCGCCUUCAUCAAGAAGAACCCGCCCGGCAUGGACGACCAGCUCUGGCUGGUCAUGGAGUUCUGUGGCGCCGGCUCAGUGACAGACUUGAUCAAGAACACCAAGGGCAACUCUCUGAAGGAGGAGUGGACCGCCUACAUCUGCAGAGAGAUUCUCAGGGGUCUGACUCAUCUCCAUCAGCACAAGGUCAUCCACAGAGACAUCAAGGGCCAGAACGUCCUGCUGACGGAGAACGCAGAGGUCAAGCUAGUGGACUUCGGUGUCUCCGCCCAGUUGGACCGGACCGUGGGUCGGAGGAACACGUUCAUUGGGACGCCGUACUGGAUGGCGCCCGAGGUCAUCGCCUGUGACGAGAACCCUGAGGCCACGUACGACUUCAAGAGCGAUUUAUGGUCCCUUGGAAUCACAGCAAUAGAGAUGGCUGAAGGAGCGCCACCGCUGUGCGACAUGCACCCGAUGAGAGCCCUCUUCCUCAUCCCACGGAACCCCGCCCCCAGGCUCAAGUCAAAGAAAUGGUCAAAAAAGUUCCAGUCGUUCAUCGAGAGCUGCCUGGUGAAGAGCCAUGGCCAGAGACCCAGCACGGAGCAGCUGCUCAAGCACCCCUUCAUCAGGGACCUGCCCAACGAGCGGCAGAUCCGCAUCCAGCUGAAGGACCACAUCGACCGCACCAAGAAGAAGCGGGGCGAGCGAGAUGAGACGGAGUACGAGUACAGUGGCAGUGAAGAGGAGGACGAGGAAAGAGAUGUUGGUGAACCCAGCUCCAUCAUCAACAUCCCCGGCGAGUCCACGCUGAGGCGGGACUUCCUGCGCCUCCAGCUGGCCAAUAAGGAGCGAUCGGAGGCGCAGCGGCGGCAGCAGCUGGAGCAGCAGCAGAACGAGGAGCACAAGCGCUUACUGUUGGCCGAGAGGCAGAAGCGCAUCGAGGAGCAGAGGGAGCAGAGGAGGCGGCUGGAGGAGCAACAGCUCCGGGAGCACGAGCUGAGGAAGCAGCACGAGAGGGAGCAGAGGAGGCGCUACGAGGAGAUGGAGCAGCACCGCAGGGAGGAGGAGCGUAGGCACGCCGAGAGGGAGCAGGAAUAUAUCCGUAGACAGCUGGAGGAGGAGCAGAGGCAGUUAGAGAUCCUCCAGCAGCAGCUACUCCAGGAGCAGGCGCUACUGCUGGAGUACAAGCGUAAGCAGAUAGAGGAGCAGAGGCAGGCGGAACGGCUGCAGAGGCAGCUCCAGCAGGAGAGAGCCUACCUGGUGUCUCUGCAGCAGCAGCAGCAGCAGCAGCAGGAGGGCAGACAGGCUGAGAAGAAACCGCUUUAUCACUACAAAGAUGUCGUCAAUCCCAAUGACAAGCCCGCCUGGGCUAAAGAGGUCCAGAAGCAGCAGCAUGCUCCUGGUAACCCACCUCGCACCCGCCUCCAACAUCACCACUCAUUCAACCAGUCACCUUCGUCUGGUAACCAGUCCAGAGCCCAGGUCGCCAAGCGAACCCAGUCGCACGGCGGCCAGAUCAUCACCCCCCACCUCCCCCACAUCCGCAUCUCCCUAGACCCCGGGGAAACCCUGGACCCGGGCCUCAAGCGGGAGAUUAGUCAGCAGGUCCGAGAGUUUAGAGCCCAGGAACUCAAUCAGAGGGGCCGUAGCCCAGGGCCCGUACCGGAACGCAACCAGGCUGCUGGGCCGAGUAAGGACGCCCCUAGGCACCAUAGGAAGCAUUCCAGUCCAGGGCCAGUCAGCCCGUCCAGUGUGGGGGCCAAACCUAGUAAUCACAAAGACAAGGCCCGCGACAGGCCUCUCUCUGUCCCCAAUCAGGCCACCAUCCAGGAUCUGUUGUCUCCAGAACCACAGCUCAUGGAGCCCAAACCUCUUCCUCAGGUCCAGUGCGGACCCAUCCACGCAGACAAACUGGUGGAGGAGCGCUCCAAGCUCAACCGGCAGAGCUCCCCGGCGCUGCCGCACAAAGUGUCCAACCGCAUCUCUGACCCCUCCCUCCCUCCCCGCUCCGAGUCCUUCAGCAGCGGAGGCAUGCAGCCCGCCCGCACCCCACCUGUCCACCGCUCCAUCGAACCUCAGAUGGCCCACUUGGUUCCGGUGAAAACCCACUCCAGCUCCAUGUCGGGCUCCCAGUCCCUGCAGGAUCAGACGGGCUCGGCUCUGAGCGAGAGCGCCAGCGCUGGGUCCCCGAGGCCCGAGAUGCCGCGCCAGAACUCGGACCCCACGUCUGACACCCCCGGAGCCCCGCUGUGGGUCGGCGGCAGGGAGGAGCGGGACCGGGACCGAGACAGAGACAGAGACAGAGACAGAGACAGGACUGCCUGGCUGAGAGAGGAGGAUAUGCCACCCAAGAUCCCCCAGAGGACCACCUCGAUCUCCCCAGCCUUGGUUAGGAAGAAUUCCCCCAAUGGAGGAGGCCUGGGCCCUCGCACCGGUUCCCAGCUCAUACGGGCCAGUAACCCGGACCUGCGACGCUCGGAGCUCUCUCUUGAUGCCAUGCUGCAGAAGACCUCCUCAAACUCCUCGUCUUCCUCCUCCCCUUCAUCCCAGGCAGGCUCGGCUGAGAGGAGAGGUCAAGUGAAGCAGGAGGGAUCUCCACCAGGAGAGAGUCAGGAGGCCAAGCCCAGGCAGCAGCAGGACGAGGGCCGUGAAUCCGCCAGACCCAGCAGACCUGCAAGCUAUAAGAAAGCCAUAGAUGAGGACUUAAGUGCUUUGGCCAAGGAGCUCAGAGAACUGAGGGUAGAGGAGGGCAGCAGGCCUCCAGUCAAGGUGACGGACUACUCGUCCUCCAGCGAGGAAUCUGAGAGCAGCGAUGAGGACGGCGAGACAGUGGGGCACGACGGGACGGUUGCCGUUAGCGACAUCCCCCGCAUCAUGCCAGCGGUGCAGGGCAGCGGUGAGUCAUACGGAGGGCUGACGGAGGACUCUCUGGGAGAUGCCUAUAAUAGUUCCAAGGACGGCACUCUGGUGAUGAGAGAGGCAGAGGAGAGGAGGAGAGGCAGCCACUCGGAGAGCAACGGGUUCGGAAACCACGGCAACCACGGCAACCUCCCGGACCUGGUGCAGCAAAGCAACUCUCCGUCGGCCACACCCACCACGGGCCUGCAGGAGCUGAGCGACCUGGCGGAGUUUGGCAUCAGCGGGUCCAAGGCGUCCUUCACCCCGUUCGUCGAUCCACGUGUCUAUCAAACCUCCCCGAGUGAGAAUGACAACGACAGCUCGGCGGCAGCCAUGUUUGCUAACGAGCUGCUGCGGCAGGAGCAGGCCAGGCUCAACGAAGCCCGGAAGAUCUCCGUGGUCAACGUCAACCCCACCAACAUCAGGCCCCACAGCGACACGCCGGAGAUCCGCAAAUACAAGAAGCGCUUCAACUCGGAGAUUCUGUGCGCUGCGCUCUGGGGCGUGAACCUGCUGGUGGGGACGGAGAACGGGCUGAUGCUGCUGGACCGCAGCGGGCAGGGCAAGGUCUACAACCUGAUCACCCGGCGCCGCUUCUUACAGAUGGACGUGCUGGAGGGGCUCAACGUGCUGGUCACCAUCUCCGGGAAGAAGAAUAAAUUGCGCGUCUACUACCUGUCUUGGCUGCGAAACCGAAUAUUACACAAUGAUCCGGAAGUGGAGAAGAAGCAGGGCUGGAUUACAGUGGGAGAGUUGGAGGGCUGUGUUCAUUAUAAAGUUGUAAAAUACGAGAGGAUUAAGUUCCUGGUCAUCGCUCUUAAGAACUCCGUGGAAAUCUACGCGUGGGCUCCCAAACCCUACCACAAGUUCAUGGCCUUUAAGUCUUUCACCGAGCUGCAGCACCGUCCCCAGCUGGUCGACCUGACGGUGGAGGAAGGCCAGAGGUUAAAGGUCAUCUACGGCUCCAGCGUGGGCUUCCACGUGAUCGACGUGGACUCCGGCAACCCCUACGACAUCUACAUCCCCUCACAUUGUGCCAAACAGACAAAGAUACAGAGCCAGGUCACACCUCAUGCCAUCGUGGUGCUCCCAAAGACCGAUGGGAUGGAGAUGCUGCUGUGCUACGAGGACGAGGGCGUCUACGUCAACACCUAUGGCCGAAUCACCAAGGAUGUGGUGCUGCAGUGGGGAGAGAUGCCUACCUCUGUCGCCUAUAUCCAUUCUAAUCAGAUUAUGGGAUGGGGUGAAAAAGCAAUAGAGAUCCGCUCUGUGGAGACUGGUCACCUGGAUGGAGUCUUCAUGCACAAGAGAGCCCAGAGGCUCAAGUUUCUCUGUGAGCGGAAUGACAAGGUUUUCUUUGCAUCAGUGCGUUCAGGAGGCAGCAGCCAGGUUUUCUUCAUGACCCUCAACAGGAACUCUAUGAUGAACUGGUGAUGGCUCCGCCCACAACCCGCUCUGCCUCACUGUCCCACUGGCCUGACCCCCACCCCCACCCUCCCCCACACCCACCUCGGCCCACGUCACAGAUGAGCCGCAUCGAUCGCGGGGCCACAAGUGAACUCUUAAACCACCGGAGAGGCUCAGAGGGUGUAGAAAUCAAGAUAAUCGUAGUGCAAAUCAACACGGACGCGUCACCGCAGAUGUCGGGUCGCGCAGAAGCCAUUGUUACUCAGCUGACUGGCAAACCAGUGCCACUGACUUUCCAAAUAUUCUCCUUUUCCGUCUUUGUCUGUCUGUCGGUCUGUAGCUCUUCUUUUUUCUCCGUCUCUUCCGUGCAAACAGACCAGUGCAUUCAUCUGCAGAGACCCCCCCCCCCCUUUUCAUCUUCUGUUUGCCCAUUAGACUCCUCACCUUCCUGGUAAAUGGAGUCAUCACUUCUCAGUCCUGACAGUGUCCUCAAUAUUCCUCGUCUCCUUUUAACAAUGUGUGGGCUGAUGCCCUGGGACUGACGAGAGGAACGUCUAAAUUCUAGAUCACAAUAUGAAUUUAAAUGGGUGCUUAGGUAUAAGGGAGUGCGCGGAUGGCAGCAGAGGGAUGACAAAUCUACAGGCGGCGCCAUUGAUUUUCUUUCUCCUCUGUCCCUCCGCUUCCUCCUCUCGCCGCCACUUUCAGGUUCUGAGCAAACCGAAUAGUGCAUUUCACUGGCAGAGACUCUGCUGUCACACGAGUAUGCAAAGAUGAUGUCUGUGUUCCCUUUAAAAUGCAAUCACAGGCCCUCCUCCCAUCAUCAUCAUCAUCACUCUCCCCGGUCUCACUCUAUAAACUCUGACGGUGCUGCAUCAGAUAUACUGUAAUAUUAGAUGAACAAUGAGAGCAUCAUUCGGUUCAUUCUAUUUCCUUUUCUGUGUAACCGCCUGGAGUCAGUCAGUCUUCGAAGCCUGAUGAAAUGUACAGCACAUUUGUUUCUCUGAAAACAGGAGUGUGUUUUAAUGUGUGUGUGUGUGCGCGCGUGUGUGUUUGACUUGAUGUUGAAGUCCCAUUCAAAAUAGUUUAAAUCAAAGUGGGACGUUUGAAUCAGUGUCCCGGAAAAUGGUUCCGUAAUUCUGUCUCUGUGUGUGACCUUUGACCUCAAUGCGAUCAAAGCAACAUUGAGUGUGUUUCCAUGCAGAUCGAUGCUUUUAUCUUCUUAGUAUGGAGCUUAAGUUGGUGUAUGCGGACACCAGGCAUUUAAAAUAGGCAAUAUUAUAUUUUUGAGUCAUUCCUUUCUUUUUUUCUUAACACAAUAAUGUCCUGGCUACUCGUGAACGCAGCCAUGUUGCUGGAGGAGACCCGACGUCUGCAUCAGAAGCGCUGAACCGCAACCUGAGCACGACCUCAGCAUCAGCAGGACGCGGCUGCUCUCUCUCUCAAUACUGUGCGCAUGUGAAAGCACUCACCGCUGAAAGCCGUGGUGUUUUGUUUUGUCUUUUUAAUUGUGCUCCUCUAGUCGGGUCUCCUGUGUUCGGCUCCUAACUGUUUGUACAGUGCCUAGCAUGAUGUAAGCAAAACUAAAAACGGAGGCCAAAAGACCAUCACUCACGUUACGAUUAAUCAUUUUUAUCGCCUCUUUACACCAAGUUUUUUUGUGUUAUUAUCUAACCUUAACACAUCGCUGAUGUUACUUGUCUCUUCUAACAGAGAUGAAUAUUAACAGUUUGAUUUAUUCUUUGAAAGGAGUUUUGAGGAAUGGAGUGAUAAAAAGUCCAACUAUUGAAAACAGCUCAAUCAAUUGAAUUCAUAACACUACGAGGCCGUGCAGCUGAAUCCGCUCCUGGGGGAAGUUGGGUACUUUUUGCUUAUGGCUUAUGGGUAACAGGCUUGAGGAAGCACAAACAACUCCCCAGUAAUGUAAUAAUCAUUAUUUUCUGUUAAAUUAUUCAAAGUUUUAUAUUUUCAAGGACUUUUUACAAAGAUAGCAAUAAAGCUGAGCUGCAGAAACCACUGUCUUCCCUGUGUGUGAAUGGGGCAUUAUAACUGUAACUGUUUGUCCGUGGGGGAAAUCGCGUCCUGUUGGAAAAAGUGCGACGGUUGAGACCCUCCUUUCAAAGAUCAAACCACUGUAUUCUUUUUUUUUUUGCUGUUUAUCUCCUGUUUUCUUUAUUUUAAAAAGAGCAUUACUAAUGUCCUGCUUUGGGAUUUAUUUUUGUUUUGUAAAAGAGAUGCUGUAAGAGAGAAAUAAAAGAAACUAGAGCAUUA